AAGUAUCUCCAUACUUUUCUGUAUGUUUUUCUUUGGUCAGUCAGGCCUGUAGGGGGCAGUACCACGUUAGUCUGAGUUCAGUGAAAAGUAAUUUCUUCUCAUUAUUUUUUAAGUAUUAAAUCCACUUCUUAUACUUUGUCCGACGUAACGUUGUAGCGGUUUUCUUCCUUUCCCGUGAAAUGCUUUUGUGUUGUAAAGGGGGUGUUUGUUGAACCCUGGUGUGAAUCCACUCCGGGUUUUCGGCGCUCUGUAACCGUCACUGUCGUUCUUUACCCGGUUGUUGCCCCGGAGGAGAGGCGGUAAAAAUGUAAACAUUGAUUCCCCCCAGUGGACCUGACCAGACUGUCUUUUGUGUUGCUUAUAAGAGGACCAACAGUAUAGCUGUAGCGUCUACCUUUGCUGAGUUUAACCCAGUGUCUUCUUCUUUUUUUUUUAAAGUUUAUGCGUCUACUUUUAAACGGUAACAAAAAGCAGCCAAAGCUAGCGUUAUGUUAGCUAAGCUAGCUAGCAAACUAGCGUUAGCAAACAAUAACUUGGUAGUAAUCUUUUAGCCGUUAAACUGCCCAAAGUUACUCUCUACUGUGUUCCGAUGAAGAGUAAUGGAGGAAUACGAAGAGUUUGUGCAGCAUCUUCUUCCUCAGCUCAGGAGAAGAGAAGAGAAAGAGGAGGAAAACCACAGACCCUCAUCUGCAUCCUCUGUCAUCCGCUUCUAUGGACGAUCCAUCCUCCCUCCUCUGCUCUCAGAGAAACAGAGAGAGGAGAUGCGUCGACUCAGAGACGAAGCUGCUGCCCACACAGUUCAGUUCAGAGAUGAUCCCCGGAUGGCCUACAUCCAGACGAUUCUGCACAGCGUUCAGCUGAGGAAGACACCAACACUCGAGGAGUUGCUUCAAGAGUCAGAAAUUAUCACACAAUCUUCAUAUUUCCGUAAAACCACUGGUGGACUGGUGUGUCCGGAUGAUUUUUUUGCGGGAAGCAGUGAUAAUGUUUCGCUCCCGGCUGCAGCGAAAGGAAAAGUUGGUGUUUGUCUUCCUCCACUGACAUCGACGACAUAUAGUGCCUUUUUCGCCUCUAACGUGACACCUCAGGAAAAUUACCAGGAAGGAUGCCUUACUGACCAAGUUAACAGCCAACAAGGAUCACAGCCAAAUUUUUUACAUAGUGCAAGCUGCCAGUCGCUCUCCUCAGGUUACGUCACCAACGAGAAUGUAGAAAACUGUACUGCUAUCCCUGAAAGGAUUAAUGCAGAAAACGAGAGCAAUGUCUCCGACUACUCAGAAGGAUUUUAUAACACAGUGGGCUUUUUUCUUCACAACACCUCAAAUACAAUCGCCAAGAUGCCAGAUAUUAUCAGCCACCCUCCCAUAGAUGGAGAGGAAUUAGAGAGGAGUGGGCGGGAGUCAUCUUUUUGUGAUAACUUAACAGAGUUGAGAGAAAUUUGUUGCACGUCAUUUGAGGAGGAUUCACUCUUGUGUAAUCCUUUACCAACAGAAAAAUCUAAAAAUGGUCAACUGGACAGUGUGAUGCGUGAUGAUAACGAUCCCUUUAGUUCAGUGCAUGACCCUGACAAAGAUGCACAUUUAGACAAAAAUGAGGACUCAGUUGCUUUUUUGGAAAAAAGCAGCUUUUCAGAUAAUCCAACACACACACAAAGCACUCGUCACCGUCUUACAACAGAACUGUGUGUUCAGCGUAGUCCCAGAGAGACUGAACUAGAGGACAACCAGGUAGAUGAAGCAGACUCAAAGCUGUCUGAGGAGCCUUAUCGUCUGAGCCUCCAGGCCUUGCUGAAGAAAUCUCAGGAGUAUCGACGGCGCCAGCGGAUGCUUAGGAACCAAGCCAAAAACACUAAAAUCCAAGAGAGAACCCAAGAACAGCCAAGAGCAAAGGCAGAGGAGCAGAGCAGCUCUGAUAAGGAGAAUGAUGAGAUCCCUUACAAGGACACUGUGACUGCAGAGGGGAAGAAGACUAAAGACAAGAGAAGUACUUUUAUCUCGUCAGUGGAAACUUCGUUAAAGAAAUCCUAUGAGAAUGAGCGGAUGAUUGAAAGUGAACUCUCUGGGAAAAAUAUGACACAUUUAACAGGAGAUGGAGAUAAUAAGGAAAUGACUAGUGUUGAUGAAGAAACAAUCAUCAUAAGUAAUAGGCUGAACAGUUCACAGGAGGUCUUAAUAAAGCCAAAACAAUUCAGUGCCUUCAUCCAGCAACAGCCAUUAGAAACUUCCCUUGUUAAAGAUCCUCCAGCUUUUUUUAAAGGAGCAGGGAAAUAUCGCACAGUCCCAGCCCCUAGCUUCUGCAGGAGCCCUGUUCACUACAAAAGAAAAAGUGGACAAAAGGUUGAUGUGGAGGAGACCUCAAAGGGGAAACUUGAGGUUGGUACUGGUUUGAAAGACCAUCACAAUUCUGAAGAAGUUAAUCCAGGUCAUCAAAACAGUCCUAUAGUGAGUCCUCCCGGAGUGAAUCUCACAGUUGAAGGGGAAGUAACAAGCAUUUUAACUGAGAGUUCACAGCACAUGGAUCAGUUGGAGUCAGACCUGUCCAGUCUUAAGGUUCUGAUCACAGAUCUUGAGUCAACGGUGAAAGAAAACUUGAAAGAAGACAGUCACAGCCAAGCUGAGAGCAGCCUGCAAAGUGAGUUAAGUUUUAAGGGUAUGACAAAUGAGCAAAUAAAAAGUGAUUAUUGGGAGGACAAGCAGAGAGCUCAUGGUGAUAAUAGCAGUGAUGCAGAGUACAGGAAGUGGUCGAGCAGGCAGUUAUAUAACAAUUACAGAAACAUGCAUGGAGACUUAGUUCCGGAAGCGACUGUCAGUGACACAGAUGAUGUUCCCCUCACAGUUAAGGAGAACGGGGAUGAGCUCUGUGAUUUUAGCGAGCGCAAAUUGAUCAAAACCUUAUCUGCAGAGAGAGAAAGUUGGAAAAAAGUGAGCAGAGAAGCACUAACCGGGAGUUCCUCACAGCCUGGAGAUUGCGGAAAGCAGCAGCCACCUGGUAAAUGCAUCCUUUCUGUGGCUCAGCAGAUGCGCAUUCCCGAUGUUUUCCGAAAUGUUCCAUCUGAUCCUCCUUUUCGGAGUUACAUCUCAGUGCCUUCAGAUAACAGUAAACACCUUGUUGAAAGAAGGAAAGAAUUGGUCGUAGAAGGUCACAACUCCACCCACUCACCAUCUCUAAAUCAGUCAUAUGAUGUGGACACACCGUCUGGCCUGUGGUUCACUGAAAGAUCAGGGUCACAAGGUCAUCCUGAGCAAGAAAAGCAUCUGACCCCACAGAGUGGCAGUGACGGUCAGGGAGGGGUGUCCAAGGUCAAACGGAGACUGCUAAUGCACACGAUGGAGGAGACACUGGAAGGGAGUGCCAAUACCAGUGGGGGAGUGGACUCUGUCAGACCCAACUCCAGCACACCCAGAGCUGCAGGGCAGUGGUGUGAAGGUCUCGGCAGUCAGAGGGAUAAGCGAGAGCAGCUGAAAGAGAUACACGCUGCUCAGGUCAGAGCGCUGCAAGAGGAGCACAGGAGACAGCAGGAGGAGCUACUACAGGCGCUGGCAGUCCGUUAUCGUCUCCUUCAGAGCGUGUCCUUCCCCUGCUCCAUGUCAGGCUCACGUCUUGGGGACACGUUGACCUUUUCUACCCUCUCUCAGCCUUCCAGCUCGCAGCACUACCGCCCCCUGCUGGCAGCGGCUGUGAAGGGUUUUCUAACUCGCAGGUUGCUGAGGACGGAGAGAGUGACACAGCUGGUGCGCACCGUCAGGGACACACAGCAGUUCCUGCAGGCCCUCCGGCAGCAGAGCACUCAGCUCUGCAACAAACAGGACCUCUUACUGGAGGAGAGAGUCACACUGCAGCUGCGCGCUGCACUUUAUGAGGUCUACGACAUAUUCUUCAACCUGUCAGCCAGAGAGCGAAUGCAGCUGAUCAGCUGGGACAGAGAGCUCGCCAAGGAGAGAGAGCUCAGACGACAGGUAACCUUUUCAGGAGAUCAUAAGCUGUGUUUACACAUGUGGUCAGUAGUCAGGUUUUCUUCUGGUUCUCCAGUCAAGUGACUGUAAAGUGACCCUGGAGUAUUUUAAUGGCAGUCUUAAUAAGAAAAUUCACAUUCUCUAAGUACUGUGGAAAAGUGCUUCAGUGCUUCCUUUAUUGCCACCUGUAUUACUUCCUUUUGCAGAGGCUACACAGAAUCUUUUGUAAGAGGAAAAGAGAUAAUGCACUCCCACAAUUCACAGAAACACCAAAGAAACAGUCAGCAUGACUGAGAAAUGAUGCAGGUCAUUUAAAUGUUAAUGAACAGUAUGUUUUCCAUUUUGUGGCAUAACCUUUAUUAUGGUUGAACCUCUAAA